AUGCAGACCGCAGCCUCCCUUCCAGCCUCCAAGCCCCGUCGCUUCAAGCGAGAACGAUCGGGCGACCCAAUACUCAUCAGCAGUCGCAGUCCCUCUCCGUCUCCCCGAUCCAGCAAACGCUCCCGCGACCGAGUCUUUACAGCCUUGGAACAUGGCGACCCGUUUCUCCGAACCCCUCGAUCGAUCAUAACCGCCGACGACCUCGACGAAGUUGAGCUGAAACGAUGCUUUGAGAUUCUCCACGCUUGCGCUGAGGCCACAGACCCCACGGUCACGUUGACGUCGACUCGGGAAACAAUGGAAGGCUUCUUGGACGCCAUCUUCAAAGACUGGACGGGCAACGAGCCGGACGAGCCGGCCAAGCCGGCCAUGGACUUCGUUCUUCGCGAGUACAUCGGCGUCGGCAAUGUUUGCCAGCAACCCGGUAGUCACCGCGGCGCAAAAUCAUGCGCUGAUGCGCCGUUGUGCAGGGCCGUCGUUUACGACGGCAUCGACUGGCUGGGGUUGCUGAAGAACGAGACGAAGCGCUCGUGCAUUGCGAAGAUCCACAAGUACAACAAGCACUCGGCGGUCUGGCACGCGCGGAAGCUGAUCCGGGGCUGGGCUAAGGGCAGCAUCUCUAUGGGCGAGGACAACACUGUGCUGUCGUUUGUGAAAAGGGAGGCUGUCAACGCAGUAUUCGUCACAAUGGGAGAUGGCGCUUGA